AUGACAACAGCACAGGAUGAGGUUCACGGCAGCGAUACAAUUCCUACCGUCCUUUUGAUUCUUACUUGUGUACUCACAGCAUCGUCCGUCUCUUCCACUAUACUCCGGUGUCUCGCUCGAGCCUCGCAACGAACUUUCAGCUGGGACGACGGGUUAAUACUCAUCACGACCGUGCUAUUGAUUGUACGGACCGGCUUGCAGAUUCAUGGUGUACAGGUUUACACCAGGUCGCUCCGGUUCCCGGUGUUGUCAACAUCAUCCGCGCAGCUUUUGAUGGAGGAAAAAUGGAUUACUCAUCUUCUAUCAUUUCCGACAAUAUGUCUUCUAAAGUAUUCAUGUUGUCUUUUCGUCUUGCGGGUGGAAACACAGCCUAAACGGCGGGCGGUGAUAUGGUUCGUGCGGAUAGCCAUGUCUGGCCUGAUUAUCACCAACCUUGAACCGGCGAUUGUGUAUCUGGCUGAAUGCUCGCCUGUGAAAGCUUAUUGGAUUCCCGAGGCCGGUACUUGUUGGCCCGACGAAGCGCGAAAGGCUUCUUUAUAUUUACAGCUGGUGUACUCGAUUCUCUUUGAUGCAAUAUUCACGUUUAUACCAAUGGGGAUCAUCUAUAUGUCCGAGCUGCAUGUAAGAGAUAAGAUUAUGAUGUACGCUCUUGCGGGCAUGGGAUGCUUAGUGACGGCUAGUGCAGUAGUCGAGGUUUCCAUGGUGAAUGAUAUCUUUCGAACUUCACUCAGCCAAGCCUUUGAAGCAGAAAUAUUUGCAAAUAUCGAACUUCAUGUCGGAAUGGUUGCUCUCAAUGCUGCUUGUGGCUAUCACAUCUAUUCUACUACUCGCCAUGAAAGAAGAGUAUCGGAUGCCACUAAGACUGGGGACGAGGAAAACAGGCUGAAUGCAGACGACGUCAGCACACAUUCAGACAUCGGGCAUCAAGCAGAUCUCGACGACGCCACCAGCGAAACGAAGAUCAAUCCUCCUUCAGUACAUUUGGCAUACACCACCAACGCUACUCACAUCACGUCCACAAAGAACAAUACGAAUACAGACACCACUAAUUCAUCCACCGUGGCUGGCCACGGCAACGCCCAAAACUCACCCAUCUUCCCCUCACCACUCUCACUACUCCGCUCACCCUCAAAGCACAAAAAUCUACCACCUCCAACUCUCCUCCCUCCUUUCGCCUCUUCCUCCUCAUCGCCCCGACCAUCAAACCACUACCAACUACACGCAUAUCCCCGCUACAGCGACAACAACCACGACCAAGACCACACGACCCUUGACGAGAUAAUCGCCUACGACGUCACAGAUACAAUACCCCUACAAGACUCCAUACACAAAGUAACCGACAAAACAUACAAAUACCUCGCAGCACACUCAACAGAGCAGUUUUUCCCCACGCCCAUCACGCAUUUACCAACCGGUAAAGAGCGCGGGCGAUAUCUGGCUGUGUACGUUGGACUAUUUUAUCUUCAUGUUGGUUUUAUUGAGUUGUUGGGUUGUGAUGACGACAAUUCCAAUCAGCGGCAACAACCAUAUUUGAAUAUUGAUGAUCAAGGGCCGAGAGCAGAGAGUAAGCGGAAUAGUAGACGAUGGUUCACGGUGCGCCGAACCCUGGAAAAGGCGUGGCCGAUCGAAGAGAGAUUGAAAUGGGAGCAUCCGGUUGAGCUUUUUGGGUGGAUUGGGGCUUGUAUUGCGGAGGUUGUGGGCGAUAGUUUGAGGAAUGAGCAGGAAAGUAACGGCAACGGCAGUGGUAAUGAUAGAGAGGGCUACCACUAUGGAGUUGAGGAGGGUAGGGAGUUGGUGGCGGGGAUAUCAUUUUGUAUUCCUAUUGUGCAAAAAUCACUCGAUGAGGCUGUCCUUUCACCGACAGGAAAGGGCUUCGCGCUCAAUUCAGACCUGAAUCUUCGCCAGGCUCUUUUGGAUGGCUACGAAUGUCAUAUAAGGCCACAAUCUCCGCCCCCUUUCCAGAAUCAUGAAGAGGAGCAGGAAGAGCCCAAUCCAUGGGACGAAUUCAUAGCCUCAAGCGACCACCAGGACGACGAACACGAAAGGACUAGGAAAAGGAGGAAACAGUUCUCACUCCCCAAACUCAAAAUCGCCGCCAUGACAAACGAUACUGUCGCGACAUUUGCCUCGCUGGCGUACAGCAUCAAAUCGAUGAAUGUGCCAAAUAGUCGUGUCGUGAUGGGUCUUAUUGUCGGAGCGGGUAGUAACGCAACCGUGCCUAUGAAGGUAUCUGACCUGCACCCUUCGAAGACGGAAUACUUCMCCCGCCCCUGUCAUUCCACUCUUGGUGUCAAACCUUCCGAGAAAAUUACAGAAACAGAAACGUUGGUAAGCACUGAAUGGACUCUCCUCCGCUCCAGCCAACCCUUACACGACAUGCACAUCCUCUCCAAAUGGGACAAAAUCAUCGAACGCUCCUCCAAACCCCCCGGUUUCCAGCCCAUGGAAUACAUCGUCGGAGGCCGCUACAUGGGCGAAUUGGUGCGUCUGAUUGUGCUCGACUAUUUCACCUGUGUUCUCAAAAUACCGAGGGAUGUUUUGCCGUGGCGGUUGCUUGAGAGUGGAGGAUUGACGACGGAUUUUUUGUCAUUGAAUGUUGCGUCUUCUUCUUCCUCUUCUGCUGCUGUGGGGACGACGCCAUGGGAUAAGUACGAGGAGGAUGAAUCGCUCGCUAAAGAGCUCAAUCAGCGUCUCUCGUCCGCCAAGGGCUGGACAUGGAAUGCCGAAAAGGCGGGGAUACUGAGAACGGUCGCGUUCGCGGUGAUGUCCAGGUCAGCAGCUGUGAUUGCUGCUGCCACAGUGGGCCUGUUGGCGUGUACGGGCGAGAUUCAGCUCAGGGAUCCUGACUCAGACGAUAACAACGAUAACACAAAUCCUGCGCAGAUUUCGGACAAUGAAACGUGGAACCGCGGUCCCGAAGAACUCGUUGUCGCCUACUGCGGCGGCGUAAUACAGAAUUAUCCACGCUACAAGGAGAAUCUGCAACGGCAUAUUGAUCGGUUGCUUGUUCAUGGUGGGCCGCAGCAAGGUGGGAAGAGUAUAUUGUUGCGCGAGGUUAGUGAUGGUGGAAUUAUCGGGGUGGGAGUUUUGGCUGGUUCGGUCAUGGGGAGGAUUGAAGGGAUUGUUGGUUCAGGGUUGUAUGAUACGUAG